CCUACUCAUCUAAUGAUUUGAGCUUAAAUAUUUCAUAUCAGUUCAGUACUAACGCAGUAAUGUACAUAAAUAAAUUGAACACCUUUGUUAAGUUGACAGUAUUUUUUAUUUAAUUUGUGGUUUAACUUCGUGUAUCCCUGUUCGUAAAUAAAAACGUGAGGCUACAGCGGACUCGGUAUACCACAUGUGAACACAAUGACGUUUAUCACGGAUAAUAUCGUCUUCGACAUUAUAGCAAUUUUGUCUACGAUUUUUAUAGGAACAAUAGCCCUCCUAAAAUGGCGCUUAACGUAUUGGAGCCGCAUUGGUUUACCAUCACUGAAUCCCGUACUAAUAUUUGGAGACAUAAAAGAUUUCAUCCUUGAACGACGUACCCUUGGCGAACAAUUUCGAGAGUUCUACCACGCCUUUAAAUCUAAGGGGCACAAACAUGGUGGUGUUUACCUUGGUCCAAAACCAUUUUAUGUUCCAAUUGACCCGGAAAUUGUCAAACACAUAAUGCAAACGGAUUUUUCACACUUUAUGAAUCAUGGUAACUACUACGACGAAAAAGCCGACCCUCUAAGUGCUCAUCUAUUUAGCUUGGAAGAUGCCAAGUGGAGAAACAUGAGAGUUAAAUUAACACCAACUUUUACUUCGGGAAAAAUGAAAAUGAUGUUUCAAACUUUGGCAAAUUGUGCUUUGGGCUUGAAGGAUAUCAUGAAUGAGUCAGCUUCGAAUGGUAUACCAGUUGAUAUUAAGGACGUCCUGGGUCGUUUUACCACCGAUAUUAUUGGCUCAGUCGCAUUUGGAUUGGAGUGUAACAGUUUAAAAGACCCAGAUGCUGAAUUCAGAAAAUACGGGAGAAAAGUGUUCGAAGUGGGAAUAAUUGAGAGGAUCAAAGUAAUAUUGACACUUACUGUGCCGUUUUCAAUUCUAAGAGCGCUCAACUUUAAAUUUACCAAUGGUGAGGUGGAACGAUUCUUCAUGAAAGCUAUUCGCGACACUGUACGCUAUAGAGAGACAGACAAUAUUUACAGGAAAGAUUUUAUGCAUUUGCUUCUGCAGUUGAAAAAUCGAGGUACUGUUGCGGACGAUGAUAAAAUAACUGACGAAGAUGGUAAAAUAUUUGAGAAGGCGUUAACAAUGAAUGAACUUUCCGCACAGGCUUUCGUGUUUUUCUUGGCAGGAUUUGAAACAUCAUCUACUACAAUGACAUUUGCACUGUACGAGUUGGCUACUAACCCAGAUGUCCAAGAAAAACUGCGCCAAGAAAUUAACGCUGUACUUGAAAAAUAUGAUGGUCAAUUAACUUACGACGGAGUAUUGGAAAUGACUUACAUGGAAAAAGUACUACAUGAAACUCUAAGAAAAUACCCUCCACUACCUGUAUUGACAAGAAAAUGUAAUAAGGAGUACACGAUUCCUAACACUUCGAUUCGCUUAGAAAAAGGUACUGACGUUGGAAUUCCAGUUUUAGCUAUUCAUACCGAUCCUGCUUACUAUCCAAACCCUGAGAAAUUUGAUCCUGAGCGUUUUUCUGAAGAAAAUAAACAUUCGAGACCCAAUUUUACGUGGCUUCCCUUUGGUGAAGGACCAAGGCUGUGCAUCGGUUUAAGAUUCGGAAUGCUACAAAGUAAAGUUGGUUUGGCUACUCUUUUGAAGAACUACAAGAUUUCAUUAAGUUCACAAACAAGGCUUCCACUGAAAUUAGAAGCGAAGGCUUUUAUUACGUCUGCAGAAGGAGGUAUUUGGUUAGAUGUUGAAAAAUUAAUGUAAUAACGUUUUGACAUUUACUCUUAUUUUAUAUGUAUGAUACGUAUGUGACAUAUCCAAGUAAAAUAAAUUAAAACUUGUUUCAUAAUAAAGAAAUGUGCAACUAAUAUGUUGGUUCACCAAUAAUAAAUACAUUCAUUGGUA